AUGUCUGAUUUCUCUAAAGAGAUUCCACUCAACCAGCAAAUCAUCAAAGAACUCUUUGAACUCCGGCAGUUCAAAUCAGAGAAAGAUACAAUUACCCGUGCAAACCAAUAUUACGUUGCCCAAGUAAGCCAAAUGGAAGUAAAAAUCAGCGAGCUUAAAGCGCUUCUUCAGGCAAAAGAUGAAGAAAUCGUCCAUCUCAAAGAAAUAAUUAAACAGCAAGUAGACAAAAACAGCAAAUUAAGCUCCCUCAAAAAUUCCAGAGAAAGUGAAGAGCAAGAAAGCCAGUCUUUUAAAAAUAAAGAAUCAAACAAUGCAGAAAUCGAAAAAUUAAAGGAUGAGCUUGAAUUUGCUAAUAAAAUGAAAGAAACAUUUGAAGAGAAAUACAGAGAAGCCAAAGCGCUACUAGUUAAAGCUGAAACCAAAGACAUUGACGAAGAUGAGCUAAAUGAAUUUCGCGAAGAAAAUGAAGUUCUUAGAUCCGAAAACACCACACUAAAAAGAGAAACCAUCCCUAAGCUGCAAACGCAACUAGAAGAUGCCCAGCAUCAAAGAUUCCAAAUAGAAACCCAAGUCCAAGCAGUCCUUGAUGAAAACGAUGAAUUAAGGAAUAAGGUGAGAAGCUAUGAAAUUUUACUUGAAGAAAUUCAAAAAGAAGGCGCUUUGGAUUUAGCGAAAUUUAAGACUUCAAACAGAAGGAAUCAAACAGCGUCCACAACUGAGUCAGAAGUGCUUAAAACUAAUUUUUCACAGAUGCCUGAAGCAUAUAUGAUAAAAAGUGAAUUUUUACCUCCAGUAAACAAUGAAGGAUAUUUAGAUGAAGAAAAUGACUCUGAGUCACCGCCGCUGGCGAAAAGUCCAAGAAAAGAAGAAAUUAAGGCUUUGAAUUUGAAAAGUAUAAGCAUGAGUUCACAAAAAAGUGAAACUUCACUAAGACAUGGAAGCACUUCAGUGAGAUCGUCGACUCCUACAACUAAAGCUCCAGCCGCUGGAAAUGUUGAUUAUGUUCCGAGUUUUAUGAGGAAUAAAAAGCCUGCAAAGAAAAAGAAAACUUUUGAAAUCAGCUUAUAA